AUGCAGUCGGAGCUCGACCGAUGGCAGGCCGAGCGCAACCGAUUAAGGACUUUCUUACACAACCAGCAGAACAGGCAGAGCAUCCUAGAGCGCCAGAAUACUCGGUUACGAGAAGAACAUUCGCGAUUGCUAGAAGAGCACUCUAGACUGUCGUCUCGCGACCCUAGCGAGCCAGCGAGCCGAAUAUCAGACCAAAUUCUAUCGUUAGAUCAAGAAGAAAGCACACUCUCAAACCUCGCCAGCGCAAUCGCUGAGGUCGGCCGCGAUAGUUAUGCUACGAGAGGCUCGACGCCAGACAGACAGCGACUAUAUGACUGGGCAGGGUCACAGGAUGGGUCAGGAAGCAGGAGGAACCAUGGCGACAGCCACAACGAGCCUCCGUCGGAGACCAGAGACUUAGGUCGUGCGCGGCAUAGAGAGCUUGAGCGUGCCUUACGCAACUAUCGGAUAGCGCGCAACGCACUGAGAUCUGAUCGAAUACCUGGUUCCGACCUUGGGACUGUACCCACAGCGAGCGCAUUGCGCGCGUACUGGUCAGAGGAGUCGAACGACGAACCACAGUCCUCAUCAUCUCAUAGAGCGCCCUUCGCCUUGAGCCAAUUUGUCGAAAACCACCGUCGAGAACGCCUGCGAAGUCAGGCCCAGCAGGCCGACUACCAGGCGCUGACGGCAGCGCAGCCCGCCCAGCCCACAGCACAUCAAUCUAACAUCUCCGAUUCUAAUGCUCUCAAAGAACGAAUACGAAACACCAUCCACUAUCUCUCCAAAUUACGAACGGCUCCUCCUGAAGGUGGUCUCGAGCUUGCCCGUUUCCUCGAUCUUGAUGUGCUUUACCAAUGUGAAGACUCCAACAUACCCAAUGACUUACCUCUGCUCGUUGACAGCCUGCCACAACCACAGCCCAGCUCUUGGCUAACGCCUGGCAUGACCUGGCAUGGGCUGCAGUCCACCGACCGCGAGCACAGUAGACCGACCCUACUGUCCUCGACGCUCCGCAGGAUUAGACAGCGCGACUACAUCGGCCGUGCCAUGACGCGACGAGGGAUCACUGAUGCGCAGACCAGCGCUGCUGCAAUGCUGACCUCCGCCGAAGCUGGCCUCGACCUCGACAGCGACCGCUACCUGUCUUCCCUCAUGCGCGAUACCGAGGGCCGAUGGGGCUUCAAUUCCUCACGAGACCACGCCGAACUACCCAGCUCGGCGGCCGAUGGCGGCCUCGUCCGCGUCUCCCCGCAUUCAAACCCUUCCAGCGAAACAAGCGGCGACCACUGGCCCGUAACAGUCACGCUGCACAGUGUCGACUACGACACAAUGCAGGUGACAGGCACCAUGCGCGCCAGCCAGAUCCCCGACCACCGCGGGCCCACAACCAGCUCCGACAGCAAAGGCCGCAGUAUGGAAUCCUUCUUCCACGGUGAAAUCAUCGACUUCCGGCACCACUCGCUCGAAACCGAGAGCUCGAGUGGGCAGCAGGGCUACAAGGUCGGCGGCGUGGACGUCGACGCGCGCUACUGGGCGCGUCUAGGCCCUUUCCGGCAAGCGAUCGCGAAGCAGGCUGCGGCGCAUGCCGGCUGGGAGCGUGGGAGUGCGGGCUGGGAGGAGAAGCUGAAGACGGGAGACGCAAAGUACUGGGAGCUGCUGAGGGCGGCGGAACGUGAGGGCAGGGAGGUGGAGCGCGAGAGGAUCAUGAUGGGGUGUGUGGGUAGUGCGAGGUGGUUGAGGGAGAAGAUGGGCGAGAGGGGCGAGUGGGUACUCAUGCGGUGGAAGGAGAAGUGCUUCGUCGACCCAAUCCUCAAGUCCCAGCCGUCGUCCUCCUCGGACAAUGGCGCCCCCACGGCUGGCACAACAAAUGGUGCCGGUGGCACCCCCAGAGCAGCAAACAACGAAUCGCCUGCAACCCACCAACACUGGGGCCUCACGAUCUCGGGCUUCUACUACGUGGCGCUGAACCGCUUGACGGGCCAGAUCGAUGGUCUGUACUACGACCCCGGAAGCCAGCCGUAUCAGAGCUUGCGCAUGAUGCCGGAGGGGAUGCCGAUGGUCAAGCCCGGAGUGGAGGGCGAGGCGGAGGCUGGAGUGGCGGGAGUGGCGGAUGUAAGGAAGGGAGGACCCGUGGGUGGCGCCUGUGGUGGGAGGGAUAGGGAGAGGGAGAGGGAGAAGGAUAGGGUAGUGGCGGUCAGGAAGUGGUUUCCUGCCGUGGAGUUUCGGUGA